UCAGAAUAUUUUUCAAAAUUAAAAUAAUAAAAAUUAGGAAUUCCCUUUUUCAGAGUGUGGUGCUUGACGAGCGCGUCCGGUCCGUCCAUCAACGGCUAGAAAUAUGGCGUCUUUUUCAUUUCCAUCACCUUCGCGCCGUCCCUGUUCAUCUCCGGCGAGCCCCGCUGCGAUGGGUGUCGCCGGCGUCGAUGGGCUCAGUUUCUAGGUGUUCUGCGAUCGCCCAUUCCGAGGUUUCGGUGCUUCGACCCUGCCAACUCUUAUCCUGCGAGUAGGAAUCACUUCAUCGGCUUCUCUUCUGGGUCUUCUUCUUCUUCUUCUUCUUCUGGUGGGAGUUCGAGAGGCAGAGAUAAGGCGAAAGAAGGAAUGGAAGGGCGGAAGAACUUGGUGCCCAAAACUGUGAACGGUGAUGCUGGUUAUGUGCUCGAAGAUGUUCCUCAUUUAACUGACUACAUCUCUGGUCUCACUGCUUAUCCCAAUCCAUUGCAAGACAAUCCCUCGUAUUCAGUUGUUAAGCAGUAUUUUGUCAAUGAUGAUGAUUCUGUCGCCCAAAAGAUUGUUGUUCAUAAGAAUAGUCCAAGAGGGACCCAUUUUCGGCGAGCUGGCCCUCGUAAAAAGGUGUAUUUUGAAUCAGAUGAAGUGCAUGCAUGCAUUGUGACAUGUGGUGGCUUAUGCCCUGGUCUGAAUACCGUUAUUAGGGAAAUAGUAUGUGGUCUAUACUACAUGUAUGGCGUGAAUAAAAUUCUAGGGAUUGAGGGAGGAUACAGAGGUUUCUAUUCUCGGAAUACCAUUCCUCUAACCCCAAAGGUGGUCAACGAUAUCCAUAAACGUGGUGGUACAAUCCUUGGCACAUCAAGAGGGGGCCAUGAUACCUUGAAAAUUGUCGACAGUAUUCAAGAUAGAGGAAUUAAUCAGGUAUAUAUAAUUGGAGGAGAUGGAACUCAGAAAGGGGCCUCCGUGAUUUUUGAGGAAAUUAGAAGGCGUGGUCUCAAAGUUGCAGUGGCUGGAAUACCCAAGACUAUAGAUAAUGACAUUUUGGUUAUAGACAAGUCAUUUGGCUUUGACACUGCUGUUGAGGAGGCUCAACGAGCAAUUAAUGCAGCCCAUGUUGAAGCUGAAAGCAUAGAGAAUGGUGUUGGUCUUGUCAAGUUAAUGGGCCGCCAUAGUGGAUUUAUAGCAAUGUACGCCACUCUUGCCAGUCGAGAUGUAGACUGCUGCUUGAUUCCAGAAUUGCCAUUUUACUUGGAAGGACCAGGUGGACUUUUUGAAUUCAUGGAGAAAAGACUGAAGGAAAAUGGGCAUAUGGUUGUUGUAAUAGCCGAAGGUGCUGGACAAGAGCUUCUUUCUGAUAGCAUGCGCGCAACCGUCCAGCAGGAUGCUUCGGGAAACAAGUUGCUGCAAGAUGUUGGGUUCUGGAUAUCUCAUAGAAUUAAGGACCAUUUCUCAAAACGGAAAAAAAUGGCUAUAAAUCUUAAAUACAUAGAUCCUACAUACAUGAUCCGCGCUGUUCCAAGCAAUGCAUCAGAUAAUGUAUACUGCACACUCCUUGCUCACAGUGCCAUUCAUGGUGCAAUGGCAGGAUACACAGGCUUCACAGUUGGACCUGUUAAUGGUAGACAUGCUUACAUUCCAUUCCAUCGUAUAAUUGAGAGACAGAACAAAGUGGUGAUUACCGACAGGAUGUGGGCAAGGCUUCUGUCUUCAACCAAUCAACCAAGCUUCUUAAGCCGUAAAGAUGUCACUGAAAACAGGAUAAAGGAUGAACCACAAACCCCUCUGUUAGAUGGGGAGUAUCCUGUGGGCAACAAGCCAUUGCGCAAAGAGACCUAGCAGUUCAAGACAGAAAGGGUGAAAUAGGGAACUCAUUCAUGGCGCAACUCUUUUUUUUUCUCCUCCCCAUAGGAUGCCCCAUGAAUUGAAGUUCCUCCCAGUGUGCUGUGAAAUUUGUGGCUCAGCAUGUUGUUAUAACGUUGAAUUGGCCGAACUAUAGGUAAUGGGUUUAUCAUGCAUGUUGAUGCAAUAGUUUUGCCGGAAAGCCUUGGUAUAUUUGUUACUCUGAAUGUUGGUAUGGAGGUUCCCUCUGCAAUGUUUUUCAUGCAAUAAUUUAGUGAAAACCACUUUGUGUAUGUAUUAUUUUUAGCAAUUUCCAAGCAUGCUUGAUGGCCAGUGGCACUGGCUGAACCAGCUCGCAAUAAGCUUUUCAUGUUGCUACAAAUGCCAAUGGUAGAUUUGUCCCAACAUAUGGAAGAGCAAUGGGACGGUUUGUGGCUCUU